AAUAUGGAAUUCCUGAAUUUGAAUAGCUUUGGUGGAAACCAACAUGGCAACUACAUUUGGUGGGCACGGAUUGUCCAGUUUGACAAAUUCUUGUGUCAAAGUACCGAUUAAUCCCCGAAAUAGGCUUGCAGCCACCUUUACUGAGAGAGGAGGGUCGUUUAAGCCAAAAAGUGCUAAAAAGACCGAAGAUGAGCAAAGAGAAUGGGAGAAUGAUACUGCGCAAAAUGGCACUCGAUUUGCUCACAGUAAUCCCAGUCACGUUCAUCAUAGGCACAGUCACAGUCACAGUCAUGACAGUCACAAUGGCAAUGGCUAUUUCGAGACUGAAAAUGGCUUCACCAGUACAGAUAUGGAUGAUGGUAAACAUGAGCCGGAUGACUAUCAGGACGUACAUGCAAGACCACGGCCUGAUCAGCUGUUUGAGAACCUCAAAGACAACAUCGACGCUUACACAGACGAAGAAUUUUACAAGAAGUUGAUGGAAAUGAAGGAUGAACACAGGAAAACAUUGAACAGAUUGGAAGUGUUGUACGAUCAAAAAUUAUCACUGAGUGGACAUGAGAAUAUCCCGAAAACUAAUUUUGAACUUGAAGAGCAACCCUUUACAAAGUCAGGGCCUGUCUACAUAGGUGACCACAAGCUUCGGCACAUUGAUGACGAGAUAGAACAGUUCACAAAGAGCCAGGAUUGGUCGACAAAGAAGGACAAUGUCAAGGACAUGUCUGCAAAGCCUCCCAUUGGCCGCCCUAAAACAGCAUGGGCAGGCAAGUCGAGACGCAGUUUACGACGCAGCAUGCCUUCAGAGAAAUGGAGUGACAUUACGUGGACCAAUGAUAGCGGUCAAGACACAAGCGGAUCUGAGUUAGAUGCCAGCAAUGCAAGCACUACUAGAAGUCGAAGGACUCUGAAUUUGUCUGACUCAUAUUCAGCCAGCCAAGACAUGGUGGGGAGGAUGUGGGAUGACUUUUCUGUAGAAGAGUAUGCACCUCGAGCAAGGAGCAACUCCAGAGCAUCAUCGGUGAAGAGCACAGGAAGCGUCAAGUCUAAGGAAUGGUCACCCAAGAUCACCAUCCCAAAGCCAUUCCAGAUGACUCAACGAGAGGCAAUGAAGGAAAAGACCAAAUCCAGAGCCUGUAUGGAGUUGGAGCAAGAGCUGGCUGAGAAGGAAAAAGCUGAAGAGGUAGAAUGCCAGAGGAAGUUCAAGGCUACACCAGCACCGGCACACACGUACAUGCCGCUCUACGACGAGAUCAAUGAGAGAGACACUGAACGAAGCAGAAGGAAUCGAGAGAACAGUAAAGACCGCCUUGUGUCACAGCAGAAGCCAUUCAGCUUCAUGAAGCGAGAGGAGGAAAAGAAGAAGCACCGCAGGUCCAAGUCCUUACCGCUGACACAAGCCAAAGGAAAGAAGCCCAAGCAAUUCAAAGCGAGAGAAAUCCCCAAAACUGUGUUUGACCCUACAGUGUCAGACAGGAUCUUGGAAGAAGAAGAAUACAGGAAAAUCCGAAUCAAGAUGCGGGCAGAAGAGAUGCUGAUGCAGUCAUCACUGCCUCAGAAUAUGCAGCAUCGGGGAAAGGAAUACACCGAUGGCAAAAUGAGGCGGAACUUGUACAAGAAACGAGAAAAGAUGGCUUUUCUCACUACAGAGCACAAGUUCCAGCCGCAGGUCAAUGGUGAAGUGCCUGACUAUGAUGAGCUGUACAGGCAGUUUCAGCAGGAGGUUCAACGGAAGAAACAAGAGAAGGAGCCAACAGUUGUGCAGCCCUUCAACUUGCGUACAUCUCGCAUCCCGUCCAAGAUGGACAAAAUCCUGGAUGAGAUGAAGCAAGAGGAAGACGGGCGGAAGGAGAAACUCAGAGGAUCUACCUCCAAAUCUUUAAGCCUUCGCAGCUCUCUCAACAUCUCUGAGGAUGCGAUCCCAGCCAAGACUACCGCAGCCUCCAAAUUAAGAAAGAGCGCUACAGAGAAGACCCUCAAGGAGCAGGCCGAGAAGGAGAGAGAAGAGGCAGAGAGGGAGAGGCAGAAGAGGAUCAAAGAGAGGAAACUGAAGCAGUUCAUCAACAGAAAGGCCUUGGCUAAUGAUAACUCAGAGAGUCUGUCUGCUACCAGUAAAUCCAAACGUCAGAAUUACAUCGAAGCAGGAAGGUCCAGACAAGCCGAGUAUGAUCAGCAAUUGAAGGAAAUGAUGACAAGGGUGGAAUCUCGACCACUUCUAUUUGAACGACAAUCCCAGGUCAACGCCAAGAAAGCAGCGGAGAAGAAGUACCAGCAGGCUUUGAAGGAGGCAGGCCUGGAUGAAGAAUUCCUGGUUCGCAAAGGACGCAGCGGUAGUACUCAGGCAUCGGCGCGGUCCUACGACUAUCCAGAUGACAGCGACGAGGAUUUGACCUUUGGCAGACAUGAGGACAGGGACAUGUCGUUUGGCAGUAGUAAGGGAGGAGCAGGGUUGCGCAGCGAGGGAGGAAGCCGUGGCUAUGACAAUGACUUCGACGAUGAGGAGGACGAUGAUGAAAAUAGAUCCAUUAGCUCUAUCCAUACUGAGGAAGCUUGAAGAUAGUAUUCACUUAGGGCCUACAGUCAAGACCUGGUGAACGAACAGUGUGGUACUAAUAUGGUCUACUCGUAAAAGCCAUUGAAUGUUGGCACUUGUACAUGUACAUGUACACAAAAUGUAUGCCAUCUGCCGGUCUUUCACAAAAAGAAAGCUAUGGAUCUCAGUCCAACUCACAUGUACAUGUACUUGUGUUGAACAGGCAGUAUAAUCAAACAUCUAUAUUCGUAAUCGGUACUCAUAUAACAUGAACAAAUGAAACACUCAUUCAACAUAGCCAUGGUGAGGGUAUGCCAUCUUAUAUGUACAGCACAUGUACAUAAACAC